GUUUUAUUCGGAUAAGUGGAAUGGAUUUUAUAGGUGCUUUAGGUACAUAGCGGAAUUCGGUUAUGAAGCUUUUUAAAUGGCGAGGUCACGAUAGGGUAACUAUUUCCUUAUCGGCCCAGAACUUUUAAGUUAGAAGCAAAAGAAAGCAAAGAGUAUCAUCCUACUUUACCUAGGUAGUUACUAAUUCAUAUUAUUUUCUUUUAUUCCCCAUUAUGACGGCAUAGAACUCUUUUCUUAGACUUCAAAGCAAUAACAAGUACCUACGUAAGUACCUACCUUACCUAGGUACGAAGUAGAAAGUUAUAAUUGUCUUUAAAAGUGCAAGGUUGCUUAUUUUAUUCCCCGUCAAACCCUCGUCAAUUGGCGGCCAAUUGAUCAUAUCAUGUCUCUACCUGCUUUUCGAGCUCGAGCCGCUUCGAGUGCUCUCCGUUCGCUAUCGCUAUCGAGAUGGCCGACGCCGGUUACUCUUCAGCAUGCGACGAGAAGAGGUAAAGCGUCUACUCCGAUAGACAUUCAACAAAGAUUGCUUUCGGCUCACCUCCAAGAUGCCGAUCCCGCUGUAUUCGACAUCAUUGAGAAGGAGAAAAACAGACAGAAGCACUUCGUCAACCUGAUCCCCUCCGAAAACUUCACUUCGCAAGCCGUUCUCGACGCGCUAGGAAGCGUAAUGCAAAACAAGUAUUCGGAAGGAUAUCCUGGGGCGAGGUAUUACGCCGGUAACGAGUUCAUCGAUCAAUCCGAGAGAUUAUGCCAGCAACGAGCAUUAGAGACUUUUGGCUUGGAUGAAAAGGAAUGGGGUGUCAAUGUCCAACCACUUUCUGGCGCACCGGCAAACCUAUAUGUCUACUCGGCUUUGUUGGACACGCACGAUCGACUGAUGGGACUGGAUCUUCCUCACGGCGGCCACCUCUCCCACGGUUACCAAACUCCUACAAAGAAGAUCUCGGCCGUAUCCAAGUAUUUCGAAACUGUCCCCUACCGAUUAAACGAAGAAACCGGCUUGAUAGACUACGAGAAGCUCGACGAGCUAGCCCAAAUCUACCGCCCCAAGAUCAUCGUCGCGGGAGCCAGCGCCUAUGGCAGGUUUAUCGAUUACAAGGCCAUAAAGGAGACGUGCGAGAAGGUAAACGCGUACUUGCUCGCCGAUAUCGCCCACAUCUCCGGUAUGGUCGCUGCCAAAGUUAUACCUAGCCCUUUCAACUUUGCGGAUAUAGUAACAACUACGAGUCAUAAGAGCUUGCGCGGUCCUCGAGGUGCCAUAAUAUUCUACAGGAAAGGCGUGAGGAAGGUCAACCCGAAGACCAAGGAGGAGAUAAAGUAUAACCUCGAGAAUCCCAUAAACGCUUCGGUAUUUCCCGGUCAUCAGGGAGGUCCUCACAACCAUACCAUCACCGCGCUGUCCGUGGCUCUAAAGCAAGCGCAAACACCCGAGUUCCGAGCCUAUCAGGAGCAGGUCCUAGCCAAUGCACAGGCCCUCGCGAAACGCCUAGGCGAUCCUAAAUCUAGCGGCGGCUUGGGAUAUAAGCUCGUAAGCGGCGGCACGGAUAAUCAUCUUGUCCUCGUAGACUUGAAGCCGCAGGGUGUCGAUGGUGCGCGAGUAGAGCGAGUACUAGAGCUUGUAGGCGUGGCCAGCAACAAGAACACGGUUCCUGGUGACAAGUCAGCGAUGAUACCGGGCGGUUUGAGGAUAGGUACGCCAGCCAUGACGACGCGUGGUUUUGGCGAGGCCGAUUUCGUCAGGGUGGCCGAUAUCAUCGAUCGCUCCGUAGCCAUCGCAUCUAGGGUAGAUAAGGCGGCGCGCGCCGCGGCUGAAGAGAAGGGUGAGAAGUACAAGCUUAAAUUCUUCUUCGACUACCUUGGUACCGGCGAGGAAGACUCCGAAAUCGUACAGCUACGCGCAGAAGUAUCAGACUGGGUAGGAACGUAUCCUCUCCCGUGGGAAGAGAGGCCAUGACGUCGAGGCGCAUACUCAACGGUGCUGUAGCGGUAUCAGCGUGACGAAGCGACGUACCCCUCCGGUAUAAAUGGUGGUAUAUUUAAGUGACGACGUGG